CUCUAUACAUAUGCACGCUGCCUUCAGACACGACCGUCAAACAUCCAUCUCUGUUGUUUUCCAUUCGAAAUUCUGGCCACCAAUCCCAUGAACCGCCAUCACGAUCUUUCCGAGAACUUCAAGUGGACGAGGAGAACUUGGGCGAACUGCCUUGAACGUUACGAACCUCGUCGUUCCCCAUCAUAUGCGACGUUCCUAUGGUUGCAACCCGUCGGAUGGAAGCUGGUUCUACAUGCGUUCCCACAUGUGCAUUUGAGCCGUCAGCCGGCCCAUCACAAGCUUGCUACAUUGGUUCUGCUAUGCUCGUCACCUAUCCAAUGAUCUAUUUCUUCCAUUACCGGAUCAUUGGAUUAAAAUUGCCGUCCAUCACGAUGGCGGGACGCGUACUCAUUCUGACUGCUAACCACUGGAGACCCCGGAGCUCAACUGGAAUAGUCACAACAAGCAACUCAUCCUUUCGAACUAGCGAGUUAUCGAGCUUUGAUCCAGAGAUUAGGAGGUGCAAAGGCCCGCGGUGUGCUUUUCCGGUCAUAAGGACCAUUUUCCUCCGUGUGGUUUCCGUGACAAUAGGGACUUCAAGUGCCUCACAGUAUAACGAGAAGGAGUUUGGUCCAGAAACGGAAAACGGUAAGUGAGGGGCCGUCUUGGUUCUGUCGGACAACCCGACUCUAAUCGGAUCUGAUGUUAUGGGGAUAUCCUUCACUACCGUUCUCUGACCCCUUGACAACCUGUUCGUCACAAAUGCUCGCUCCG